UCUGUCCUCCCCGCCCUAUAUAGGUGAGUAUUCAUCUCUCUUUCUUCCAGAAACAGCAAACCUCUCUCUAUCUCUCUCCAUUUCACCAUAUCUGCGCUAUUCCCUUUUGACUCUCCAUUCCUCUCUCACACCAUAACCAUGAGCCCUUCACAAUUCCACAAAGAUUACCAAGCUCGACGUGAGAUCAAUGGCUCUCGGCCCAUCCCUUUGAAAAUCAAUCAGGAGUCCCACCUCAUACACAAACCACCAUCAUCAUCUUCUUCUUCAUCCACAUCCUCGUCAUGUCUCUCCAUCGCUGCAGCUGUGACCAAGCAAUCUCAAAACCAGCAACGCCAACCGGUAAUAAUCUACACCCACUCGCCUAAGAUCAUCCACACGCAGGCCAGCGACUUUAUGGCUCUAGUGCAAAAGCUCACUGGCCUGUCUCGGUCCGAAGACCCAGCUCCACAGUCCCAGCCAUCUGAGGGUGGUAAUACUUCCUCUGAUGGUUGCAGUGGCCCAAGGAUCAUCGGUCACGAUGACGGGACAUCAUCUUCAGCCAUUACAGAUGAGAAAUGUGGUGGAGGCGACGUGGGGGCCAGCUCAACGUCAGUAUCAUCUCUUUUCGCCAUGCCCAAUCUAUCUGAAAUACCUCUAUUCACGCCAAAUCCAACAGAUUUCUUCUGUUCAUCAAGGCCAUUUUUCAGAUACCCUGAUUCUAUUUUCUCUCCUCCGAACAUGGGGAAGUCGAUCUCACCACCGGUUUUGGAGGCAAUGAAAGCAUUCCCGGAGUAUUGAAAUUCAAAUAUUGUUGAAGGAAGAGAAUUCUAUAGGAUUCGCCAGGCUGCAUAGAUUUUCAUGUUUAUAGAUGGUUUUUAUUCUUUUUUAUUCUUUUUUUUUUCUUUUAAUAUAUUUUGUGUGAUAAUUUAUGCUCGGGUACUGAAUUUUGAGCAUGAAAUGUGGAUUAAUAUAAAUUUAAUUUAUUUUAUGGGCUGACCCAAAUGACA